AUGCGAACCAGCCGAGCCCGACUGGAGGAUGCAAAGUUCGAAACGGAAAGGCGCCGGCAACAUCGAGGGACCGCCCGUAUCUCUCUUGAUGUCUUGAAGGUUCAAUUCGAAGCUCAUGAGCAACUUGAUAGAAACAACGUUGAACGUCUAAAAGGCAUCUACCGACGCGAAGGAUGUCGACCACAACUCAUCAACAAUCGUAUUUUGGUCGAGAUUGAUGAAACCUCUUUCGAUGCCGCCCUUGAUCUUUCUGGUGUGGCGGCCGCGGAUCUGUUCACCCCCCAAAGAGAUGACUACCCUGAGCUCCGGUUUCCCACCGGUACCGAAGUCAUCUGCCUCCAUGGCAAGCACCGUAUCCAAGCCGGUCGCGAAUUUCUGUCUCCUCGGGACAAAUGGUGGAUCGCUGACAUCUACCUUGGCGGUUUGUCGACGGAUGUCAAGCGCUGCCUCGUUGAGGAAUACGCGAACGAAAGCAUCCCCACGGACGGAAUGAUCUUCUACAAGAUCCGCCUGUACCACUUUCAGCGCAACCUUAGCUUUGAAUUGCGAUGGUGGGCUCGCCUCCGAGGUUGCCGGAGUCGUAAUUUGAGAGCACUGUUGAAGCACCCUGAACUCGUAGCCGCCUUCGACGCUCUGCUCGAUGUUCCCGGCCUAUGGGGUGGGAUGUUACUCACCACGCUUCACAAAGUGCUGGGACUGAAAUCUGACGAUGAGAUACUGAAUUAUCUCGAACAUGUCCGACGAGUUUGGCACGAUUUGGUUGAUGGCGACCCCAGUGCGCUGCAAAAGUUUGAUUAUCGAGACGUGAAGGCGCUGGAGCUCCGAGCUCCAGGUGUAUCCUCAAAUGACGCAGAGGAAAUUCAAGCCCAAAUACGUGCCGGUCGAAUUCUGAGAGCCUUCAGUGAGGAGGAGCGACGGUACAUCAUCGAGCGGUUAUGCGAAUUUAAGUACCUGAUUCCAUCCUUGCAUACAUUCUUCCGGGAUAUCACUUACUGGGAGGCAUGCGUCGGUAGCGUCAAGCACCUGAUGACCAUAUCGCGCCGCGACACGAUCUUGUCGGCCUUCGAACGUGGCUUUACCGCCAUCAAUCAACGCGAUGACCAAGUUGUGAUCCAAGUGGGCGAGACGCGCUUUGAAACACUCCAAGGCCCGCACGAUGCACAGGUGGACCUCGGUUAUCGCCAGAUCGUCGCCUUUGCCAUGAGACACUUUGUCGAAAUCCCACGAGAGCCGAUGAGUGACGAUGUGACAGUCCGACCUCGUGCGAAGGCGAACCGAGCCACACUACGCCAAUUCGCGGAAUUGGCCAUCCGUGUCGGGUUCGAGUCUCCUGAGGUUCGUAGGCUUAUGGAUACGGAAGAAUUACUGCGACCCUCUAUUGCUCCAGAGCUGUCCAGACCGUUACUCACCACUUCAGGCCCUGGAGAAAAGCUGCAAAGGAGAUGCGGGUUACCCAACUUAGACAAUUUUCAGGACGACCAGAACUUCUUGUUCCUCCACCACCUGCACAGCCCGCAAGACGAGGUCGGAGAAGGCAUCACGUCAUUUUUCGUCCUCAGAUCGCUUUAUUUCGCCUUCAUGGGGGCUUCUAAUCUCUUGGACGGCUGGUUUGCCCAGAUAUGGAACCAAUUAGCGACCUCUCACGACAGCAUUGAUGCCACUGAGCAACGUUCUCGGCAGGAAGAACAAGCAAGGGAGGAGUAUGCAAGAC